AUGACGUCUCCAGCAUUCGCCCCCCCAAACCUCGCCCAUUGCCCACUCCAGCUCGACCGUCGCCCUCUCCCAAGCACCAGUCGCUGCCACCGCACGUCCCGCUGGUUUGCUGCGACAUCGCGCCCCACAACCUCCAAGGCGCUAGUCGAAGAGUUCUGGUCCCUCUCAAAUACUGGCUUCUUCUCGUCAACAUCGCACCUCUUCUCUCCCUCUGCAGUCUACGUCGACACACUGUACCCCUCUCCAUUCAAAGGGCUCCCGAAAAUUUCGAAGCACCUUGUCAACAUGGAGUCUGCCAUACCGCCAGGGCUUGUCUUCGUCCUCGACGACUUGGCCCCUGCAGAGAACAGCGUUGGCGCGAGGUGGCAUGUAGAGACAAAGAGUGGAAAGCAACUACCGCUGUCGCGGGGCGCAUCCAUGUACAGAGUGGAGCCGGCUGGUGACGGAUUAGGUGGUAUGUGGAUUACUGAGGUAUGGGAUUUUGUAGAGACGCCUUUCAAGGUUGCUGGAUUAAUUCUCCCGCUCCUCAGAGCUGUUGGCUUUGUGCUCAGAGCCACGCGAUCAGAGCGGAAGUAGUGCCGCGAUAAAAUCAUUUAAUUGUUUGUUUUUAUUGAUUUGUUUACACAAGGUUCAUUAUGAUCUGGACUGUAAAUUUUGAUCCUUAAAUUUCUUAACACGACCCUGAUCCAUACUCCCUUUCCCACCUCCCCAUACCACGCACCUUUUCGAGCUGUCGUUCAACAGCAGCACUGCCGAACGUCCCGCUUGUUCGAUCCAACAUGCCGAAGCGCACUUUCAUCCCAAAUCUCGUCAAGUACUACCGGAAACACGGCUUCCUGAAUCGCUUGAAGAACAGCCCCCACAUUUUGCGAAAAGAGAUCACGCGCAAUAUGAAGAAACACACUUUUCCCAGGCUUGGACCAAACUCCAGUUUCUGCAAGCGCCGCCCCCGCUCGUCUUGGUUUCCAACAUGGCCAUGAGAUAAGCACUUCUGAGGAUUUAUCUCGUUGACUGAGGACCGAUGAACUGUCGCUCAUGAAUGAAUGAGCUGAGUAUCCACAUCGAUGUCCAACUGCAUGUUCCUUUUCGUUCUACACUCAAGAUGAUGACUCAUAUAACUUUGCGCAGGGCUUAGGCUGACGACCGACCUUUCCAUGUAUUUCGGCCGUUCUGUUUACGACAGCUGUGCGCUCGUGAUGAAAGAAAUUGAGAAGCAAGAUGCACCAGGCCAUCGCACAGCUAUGCAAGAGACCCUCUCCAACGAAUCUGCCCACUACUAUGUGACUAUUUUCAUAAUUUCAUAAAAUCGUAAACUGGCUCUGCUUAUUUGUGUUGAA